CUGAUCCUGAUCCUCCACCCACAGCCCUGCUGCUGCUGCUGCUGCUGCGCCUGAUGGUCCAGAAGUUAGCAAGCUAGCGAUAACCUACCUGAAAACGCUCCUGAAUCUUCUGCUCCGAAGUAGGAAGGGUCGCUGCCUCCGGCCCAUGUCGGCUCGGCCGGGAAUAUGCUCUGUGAUCGGGGCUGGUAGUUUAGCUAGUUAACGCGGUUCCCGCGGUUCCAGCGGUCAGUCUGGGAAUGCCGGUGUGAAGCUGGGGCCGGGGAUUUACUGUCUCCCAUCGUCCAGGGCGUUCAUCGUUCCUCUGCUGCCCGCUUUAGCGGCCUAGCUACACGGAGAAAUGUCGACCAGAACGCCGCUGCCCACCGUUAACGAGCGCGACACGGAGAAUCAUUCAUCAGUAGACGGUUAUCCCGACCCCCCGGCACCUCCAGCUAAAUCAUCCAGUCGACAGAGUCUCCCACGAUGUCGGAACUCUGUGGCGUCCAUUACAGACGAACAGCCUCACGUUGGGAACUACAGGUUGCUGAAAACCAUCGGCAAAGGCAACUUCGCCAAAGUCAAACUAGCGCGCCAUAUUUUAACAGGACGUGAGGUUGCUGUGAAGAUUAUUGAUAAGACCCAGUUAAACCCCACUAGUUUACAGAAGCUUUUUCGUGAAGUACGGAUUAUGAAGAUUUUGAAUCACCCUAAUAUAGUUAAGUUAUUUGAAGUCAUUGAAACGGAAAAGACACUUUAUCUGAUAAUGGAGUAUGCCAGUGGAGGCGAAGUAUUCGACUACUUAGUUGCACAUGGAAGAAUGAAGGAGAAAGAAGCCAGGGCCAAGUUUCGACAGAUUGUGUCUGCAGUGCAGUAUUGUCAUCAGAAGAGGAUAGUACACAGGGAUCUCAAAGCUGAGAACUUGCUCCUGGAUGCUGAUAUGAAUAUAAAGAUAGCAGACUUCGGCUUCAGUAAUGAAUUCACCAUCGGGAGCAAAUUGGACACGUUCUGCGGCAGCCCCCCGUAUGCUGCUCCUGAGCUCUUUCAGGGUAAAAAGUACGAUGGUCCUGAGGUGGAUGUGUGGAGCUUGGGGGUUAUUCUCUAUACGCUGGUCAGUGGAUCCCUACCCUUUGAUGGACAGAACUUAAAGGAGCUGAGAGAACGAGUGCUAAGAGGGAAGUAUCGCAUUCCAUUCUAUAUGUCCACAGACUGUGAAAACCUGCUGAAGAAACUGCUGGUUCUCAACCCUGGCAAACGUGGUAGUCUGGAGCAAAUCAUGAAAGAUCGUUGGAUGAAUGUGGGCCACGAGGAGGAGGAGCUCAAACCCUACACAGAACCUGAGUCUGACUUCAGUGACACCAAACGAAUAGACCUGAUGAUCACGAUGGGUUUCCCUAAAGAUGAGAUUAAUGAUGCUUUAGUGGGUCAGAAGUAUGAUGAGAUCAUGGCUACUUACUUGCUUUUGGGCAGAAAAGCUCCUGAGUUUGAAGGAAGUGAAUCACUGUCCACUACAAAUCUGUGUCAGAGGCAACGACCCAGCAGUGACCUGAACAACAGCUCUUCACAGUCUCCAGCUCACUCUAAAGUGCAGCGCAGUAUUUCUGCCACUCAGAAACAGCGCCGCUAUAGUGACCACGUUGCCCCCUCCAUCCCGCCGGCCGUGUCCUACACUAAACGCGUGCAGGCCAACAGUGUGGAGGGAGAGAAGAAGGAGGAGUGGGAAGCAGCUCGUAAACUCCCCACCUCCAACUCAAAGGGAGAAAUGUCUGUAUCACCACUGACCACACAGGAGCACCGGAAAUCCUCUACAGCCUCAGGGAACAGUGCAGCAGGGGGGAUGACCCGGAGGAACACGUACGUCUGUGAGCGUUCCAGCUCAGAUCGUUAUUCAGCCAUCCCCAAUGGGAAGGACAGCAGUCUGACGGAGAUGUCUGCGUCUGGAAGUGGCUCCUCUGUGUCUCCAGGAGCUUCCUCCGCGUUGGCCUCCACUAGGCCUCGUCAUGUAAAGUCUAUGUCUGCCUCAGGCCACCCCACAAAGUCCCCGCUUCCCCCCAUCAAGGACAACGCUGAGUACAAGGGCUCCCGGGCUCCAGCUGCCUCUCCAUCAGCACACAGCAUCAGCAGCACCACCCCAGACCGGACCCGCUUUCCUCGGGGCAGCUCCAGCCGCAGCACUUUCCACGGAGCUCAGCUUCGAGACCGCCGCAGCGCCACCUACAAUGGCCCACCGGCCUCACCCACACUCUCCCACGACACAGGGGCUCUGUCUCAGGCUCGCAGGGGCACCUCCACCGGGAUCAUCAGCAAGAUCACGUCCAAGUUCGUGCGAAGAACUAUGUCUUUCAGGGCCUUCCAGAGGCUGCCCAGUGAAGGAGAGGCCAGGGGCAGAGCAUACAGCCUGAGGAGCGGCUCAGGAGACCCUAAAGAUGAUGGCCGAGACUCGAAGCCACGUUCACUGCGCUUCACGUGGAGCAUGAAGACUACGUCGUCUAUGGAGCCCGCAGACAUGAUGAGGGAGAUCCGCAAGGUGCUGGACGCCAACAACUGCGACUACGAGCAGCGCGAGUGCUUCCUGCUUUUCUGCGUCCACGGAGACUCCCAGCAAGACAGCCUCGUCCAAUGGGAGAUGGAAGUAUGCAAGUUGCCCCGCCUUUCGCUGAACGGCGUGCGUUUCAAACGCAUCUCGGGCACCUCCAUCGCAUUCAAGAACAUCGCAUCAAAGAUUGCCAACGAGCUGAAGCUGUGAUGGACCGGGGAAGCGAACGAUAGAGCGAACGUGCAGAAAACUGUACGAACCGAGAGCUCAGCACGCUCCACUGAUUACAUUUACUGCUUUCUGAGGCUGCUGCUGUAUUGUUUCGCCAGCAGAAGGGGUGGGGAAAGGUUUAAAAAAAAAAAAAAAAGAUUAAAAACAAAAAAAAAAAGACCCUUCCUUCUACCCAAUCCCACCAUGCUCUUAAGACCCAUCUUUGCAAUAACAUAAAAAACCCAUUCAGGGUCAGCAGUUUGAAGUUCCUUUGGCAGAACUACCUUUGUAGGGUAAACAGAGACUUAAAACGCUACUUUUUCCACAUGUACAGUUAAGAUACAUAAUGUUUUGUUCGAAUUGGUCAUAGAGUUGUACAAUACAAGACUCUUUCAGCCUGAGUAUUUAAAGGUGUUGUAUAGUCUUGAGUUGUGUACAGAAAAUUUGUUAAAUGUGUCUCACUGUAAUGUUGUUUUUGUUUAGCUCUUUGCUGUGUCCUCGUAUGGUUUUAGAAUUUUAUUUUUACUUUUUAUGUGACAUUUGAAUGAUUCUUUUAUAUAUUCUUUCAGAGUUUUUUUUCUCUAGGCAGAUUAUAGACCUGGUCAUGAUGUUUUGGCAGGUUACUGAAUAACAGUGUUCCAUUAAGCAGACUGUGCACAUCCCAAAAAGACUAGUUAUUUUAACCCACAAAUCAUGACAUUUUUCUUCCUUUCCACCAAGAAAAGACUUUGAGUCAUUGAGUUGUGUUGUUAGUGAGUGUGGCACUUACUCUAUUGGUCAGUCUGUGUACGAUAAAAAGGGUUGUUAGGAUAUUUGAAGUUGAUGAUGACGCUAUUUCCUGUAGUAGAUGUAAAAGAUAAUAAUAAUAAAAUAGGAACAGGAGUGGACCCAGUGCGGUCAAAAACACCUUGAGAUUUUCCUCCCAGCAGUUCAUUUCUUAUUGAGUUCAUUGUGUUCUCAUUGAGUUUAUUUAUUUCACCGUUUUAUGCCUUUAAUGUGCUGCUUUAUCUUCCUUAGAAUGUCACCCGUAUGUAAAGGAAGUAGGAUGUAACGUUGCUUCUGAAAAUGUACCUUACCUUUGUUCCUUUUGUGAUUUGUGAUGAUUGCAACGAUACGAUACAUAAGACCACUUGUGCUGGAACAUUUCUGUUUGUUCUUUUGUACGGAGGUGAUGAGGGUUUAAUGUGCAAUGCGUUUCAUGCUGUGUAUAUACAGACAGUAAAAGGUCCCUGACUGCACAUUUUUAAGGAAAGGUUAUGGUUUGUUUCCUUAUUUUUUAAAAAUGAGUGGUUUUGAUGAAUAUAGUUGAAGCUGUGAUCAGACUUUGGGAGGCGUUGCGCUCCAUGUUGUAGCGGUACAUUUCCCUGCAGGUGCUUGAUUAUGCUGCCUUAGAGGACAGAGCUGCUUGGAGGUGAUUUGGAAAGUCAGAAUAAUUAUCCACUAAAAUGCAAAUAACCUUCCUCUGCCCCCCCCCCCCCCCCCCACCACCACCUUCAUCCAGUCAUUUCACCUUACUGAACCCAUAACCCUUCCUCUCAAUAUUGUACUGUACAUUUCUCAAACGUCUGAUGGGUCAAGAUUUAGUCUCACUGGUGCACAUUAAAGCUUACUUGAAAGGAAUUUUUGAGCCAAAA